UUUGUUCUGGGUUUGUUUCACACGCUAACUGAUGGAGCUAACCUCACAGUAGUGGCUGAAAGUUAGUUUUAUACUGCGAAUAAUUAAACAACACCAAAUGGAAGCGUUAGCGAAAGGUGCGGAGGGCAAACAUCUUGACGAAAUUGUCACGAUAGUAGACAUGAGCCCUUCGAAAUGGAAACGUAGACGUGAUGACGUGAGAUCGUUGAGGUUAAGCAAGAGAGGUAAAUAUCCAGGCAAGGCCCCAGUGGCCAAGGAGAAGGUAGAAAAGUACAGCAGAGGGCCGGGGAUAAAUUUGAAAUCGAAACGCGGUAGAAUUCGUACUAAAGUCCAUAGGGAUCGUUUGGAAAAAAAGGAACGUGCCAUAGAAUACUCGGCCGAACAGGCAGCGCGUACAGAAUUGCUUCUGACCGAGGCGCAAGGGUUCCUGGAAGCUGAUGCUGGGGAAACUACGACCCAGUAUACACAGGGUCAGAUUGUAGAGAAUGUCGAUAUCACUAGUGCGUCUAAACAAUUCAAUCUUAAUCUGGACUUUGGCCCCUAUCGUCUUCGAUACACACGGAACGGAAGACACCUCAUUCUCGGAGGCAAACUGGGUCACGUAGCAGCCUUCGAUUGGGUGACCAAGACUCUGGCAUGCGAGAUGAAUGUUAUGGAGUCCGUGCACGAUGUCGCGUGGCUCCACAUUGAAACGAUGUUUGCUGUUGCCCAGAAACAGUGGGUUCAUAUUUACGAUAACCAGGGAAUUGAAAUUCAUUGUUUAAAGAAUAUGAACAAGGUUACACGGCUUGAGUUUCUUCCAUACCAUUUUCUUCUGGCAAGUGCCUCCGAAGAGGGAUAUCUUGCCUGGCUCGACGUAUCCAUUGGAAAAAUGAUAUCGCGCUAUAAUACAAAACUUGGAAAUUUAUCGAUAAUGACACAAAACCCCAGCAAUGCUAUUUUGUGCAUCGGACAUGCAAAAGGUGUAGUCACUAUGUGGUCCCCAAAUACAAGAGAACCGGUGGCCAAAAUGCUAUGUCACAGGCAGGCCAUUGCCGCGUGUGCAAUUCAUCCCCACGGCACUUACAUGGCAACUAGCUGCCCGGAUCGUAGUUUAAAAAUUUGGGAUGUACGCAAGUUAUCCGGCCCUCUGCAUACUCUUGUAUUACGCUCUGCAGCUCAGGAGUUGUCCUACAGCCAGAAAGGGUUGUUGUCUGUUGCAUCCGGCAAUAUAGUGGAAGUUUACAAAGACUGGGUUGAGAAUGGAAAACCAUAUUUGCGCCAUAAAAGUUCUUGGGGAAUCACAGGGCAACAAUUUUGCCCAUAUGAAGAUGUCUUGGGCAUAGCUACAGCCAAAGGGUUUCAAUCUCUUCUUGUUCCUGGAAGUGCCGAAGCCAACUUUGAUGCUCUUGAGAGUAAUCCGUUCCAGACAAAGAGCCAACGCCGCGAGGCUGAAGUGAAAGCACUUUUGGACAAAAUUCAACCAGAAUUAAUUACCCUUGAUUCAUCCGCAGUUGCUGACGUUGAUCUUCCUACAAUGAGAGACAAAUUCGAAGCAAAGAAGAAACUUCUGCACUUAAAGCCAAAAAGGAUUAACUUUGAACCACGGAAGACAAAGGCUAAAGGAAAGGGUGGAACAGCCAAGAUUAUCAAAACUAAGAAGAUACUGAAAGAUCUAAGUCGGCGGGAGACAGUCAAGACGAUCCAUGAAGAUCAAGCACUUAGACGUGUAGCAAAUAAGCCAUUGACAGGAAAAAACCAUGGAGUUCUAGACAGAUUUUUACCUAAAACAAUGCAGAAUACUAAUUAAUAUAUAUACGUUAUGUAUAGACUGUUUUUAUUCAUAUAGUCAUUUUUUGACA